UUACUUAAAAUAAUAUUUAAAUACUUUGUUUGUUCUUUUUUUAUUUAUUUGCCUUGUUCUGCAGACAGGUUGAAUUUGGUGUCUUGUUUCCACAUGGAGGCGUAAAUAAAGACGUGUGAAGGAGGGAAGAGAGGGGGGAGGGAGAAUUCUGGGUUGAUGUCUUGUUUCCCUUCUUUUUCUUGAUUCUCAAUGCAAAAGCGAGAGAGAGAGAAAGGGAGAAAGAGAGAGAAAGUCUUGUGGGAUACGCCGUCAGAUAAGCGGGGAUGAAGGGUAACUGAGGGCUUUUGGUCUUUUUCCUGUCCUCUUGCGUUACCUCCUCUUCGUUUUCCAGUCGGGUCUCAAUCUUGUCUGCUUGCCCUUUGAAGAAUCAAUCCCUUCCGGGGGAAAAACCCGUAGUUGGUCUUCCUUCUCCAUUAUUCAACAAUCCCAAUUCAUUUUUUGGUUUCUUUCUGCUAUCUCUUCAAUGGAUAUGUAAUUCAUUCGGCGUUCAUAGAUCUGUGCAAUCGUAUCCUGUGAUUUAAGAUGCUGUUGUACUGGACCUCUGUAUAAUCAACUGUACAUGUUGAAAGUUCAUGGUUUUGCUGCUCAAGUUUUGGAAUCAUAAUCUAGCUGUAUGUUCCCAUUCAGGAGAUAUGAUGUUAACCUUGUAAGUUGUUGCAAGGCAUUUGAUUAAACUUCAUUCUCUGCUCCAUCUGCCUACUUGGUGCUAGGCCAUUUAUGGGAUAAACUGUGGCCUUUGCACAUUUCAUGGGAGGUGUAGAGGACAAUGAACCACCUUUGAAACGUGUCAGAUCAUCACCUGAAGAAUUGAGGAGUGUCUCAAAGAACUCGUCUCUUAUAGAGCCUAUUGGCUCUUUUGGAGACACAAUGGCAAAAUCUUUACCUUAUGUAAGGAACGAGACAGUCGGUUCUAUGGGUGUUAUAAAAAAGGUGGAAUUUGUCAGGAUAAUUACAAAGGCUCUCUAUACCAUGGGUUAUGAGAAAAGUGGUGCACUUCUGGAAGAGGAAUCUGGAAUACCACUACAUUCACCCACUGUCAGCUUGUUCAUGCAGCAGGUUCUUGAUGGAAACUGGGAUGAAAGUGUCACCACAUUGGGAAAAAUUGGACAGUUGGAAGAUAGUGUAUUCAAGUCUGCAACUUUUUUGGUAUUUGAGCAGAAGUUUUUUGAGCUUCUUGAAAAUGGUGAUGUUCUUGAUGCAUUGAAGACACUGAGAAUGGAAAUUGCACCUCUAUGUAUAAAGAAGGAUAGAGUGCACGAGCUUGCAGGUUGCAUUAUAUCUCCUUCUCUAUGUAAUGAACUUGUGCUUGGAAACAAGGGUCUGCUGCAUCGAAGUACGCGCUUCAGGCUUCUUGAAGAACUGCAGAAGUUGCUUCCUCCUGCUGUUAUGGUACCUGAAAGGAGGCUGGAGUAUCUGGUUGAACAGGCUCUUACUGUGCAAAGAGAAUCAUGCAUCUUCCACAACUCUGUGGAUAGUGCACUUUCUCUCUACACUGAUCAUCAGUGUGGGAGAGAUCAGAUUCCCACCAAGACAAUUCAGGUGUUGCAAAAACACCGUGAUGAAGUCUGGUUUUUACAAUUUUCCCAUAAUGGGAAGUACUUGGCUACAGCAUCUCAGGACUGCACGACAAUGAUAUGGAAGAUAAACAACCACUCUGAGGUGUCAUUGAGGCAUGUAUUAGCAGGACAUCGCAAACCAGUGUCUUUUGUCUCAUGGAGUCCUGAUGAUCAUAAGCUGUUGACUUGUGGCAUUGAAGAAGUUGUCCGUUGCUGGGACAUUGAAUCUGGUAAUUGCUUGCAAAUAUACGAGAAAAGUGGUCUUGGCUUGGUCUCAUGUGGGUGGUUCCCAGGUGGCACGAAGCUAUUUACUGGUGUUAAUGAUAAAAGUAUUUGUGUAUGGGAUUUAGAUGGAACGGAGGUCGAUUGGUGGAAAGGUCAGCGUGCUGUUAAGAUGUCUGACAUGGUGUUCAUGAAAGAAGGAACUAUGAUAAGCAUGAAUAAGGAGACUAGCAUUCUUUUGCAGAAUAGGGAAACAAGGGCUGAGAGGGUAAUUCUAGAAGACAAUUCUAUUACUUCAUUUUCAAUAUCAAAAGAUGAAAGGUACAUACUCGUGAAUCUGUCAAAUGAGGAGAUUCACUUAUGGAGCAUAAAAGAUGAUCCAAGGCUCAUGGCCAAAUAUAAAGGGCACAAGCGUACUCGGUUGGAUAUACGUUCUUGUUUUGGUGGAUCAGAGGAAUCAUUUGUUGCUAGUGGUAGUGAAGAUUCACUGGAUAUCAUAUAUUUAAUGAUACAACAUACAAGCUGCAGUCUUGUUAGCUCACCGCUUAACUGUAGCUAAAGUUUGUUGAUUUGGUGCGUAGUUUCUGUUGGCUUAUCUAAUGUAAGUUGAUAGUUGAGACAAGAAGGGGAUCUGCCAGGCCAUCUGUAUAAUGCCGGUUGCAGUUCUACAAGUCUCUUUCACAGUGCUUGAGAUAACAGUGUAGUUUGACUGCCCUACAGCUAGGGCGAGUCUAAAUGUACACUAGAAAGCUUCAUAUGUUCCCUUUCCUAUUUUAUGGUGGAAUACCUGUCUGUUGUUUCUUCAUGCCUUAGACGUGAAUCGCCUGGGGACGUGGAGUGAAUUUUGGUGACCAUAGUCUGCAGGUUCAUUACCUUGUACCUGUUUCAAGAUCUGAUGUAGCAAACUGAUAAUUGUUUAGUAUGCUAACCAAUACAUAAACUUUCUGUGAUACUGGUAAAAUCUGGCUUUGCUGGAUGGUGGUGUAGGUGGUUUAGGAUCUCAAUGCCUUCUCUGAUGCACUGUGCAUGACAUAGACAUUUUUUCAUGGAGCUGACGUUGACCAAUCAAAUAUUAUGUAGGGUUUGUUUUAUUUGGAUGUUUAAUGAAACAAAAUUAGUUCGUUCAUUGGAUGGUAAUUGCGGAUAUUUCCUCGUCUUCUUACCUUUUGCUUUAUUAGCUCAAAUUGUACUUUGCUUAGUCUUCUCUUUCUUUUUUCUCCCUUUUUUUUAUUUUUUGGGGUUGUUGGCGGUGUUGCAUGC